AUGGGAGGCUUGGCGUGGUCCUAUUACACCAUUCAGAUCUCACAGAGACGACUCGCCAUUCAGUUAAGAGUGAUGCAUGAGUACCUCGUUCUGCAGGAGAAGAGGCUCAAGAAGAAACUCAAUGACGAGUUUGAAAAGACUACAACAUCAAUCAACAACAUCAUCAAUGAGAUUACCAACCUCAGUGCACAAUUCACCAAAAAAUCAUUCAACAACUCCAACGGUGUGAACGGAACAAAUGAUGGUGAGGUGGACCGCAUGGACUAG